AGAGUUUAUAGCAUAAAGGUCUUGUCCCUGAAUCCGAUCGCACUGUUGAACGGAAGGUGAAUAAAGUUGACAGUAUGCUGCGGUGGAGAGUGUCGAAGCCCACUGUGCUGAGCCUUUUGCUAAUUCAGGCUGUUACAGUGGUGCUUCUGUACGGAUGGUACAGCCGUCCACCGUCUCAAAACUCUCUAUCUGAGGGCAAGGUGCAUGUGCUGCUGCUGUCGUCUUGGAGGUCUGGCUCAUCAUUCCUGGGACAGGUGUUUAACCAGCAUCCGGAUGUCUUUUAUUUGAUGGAGCCAGGCUGGCACGUGUGGAUGUCUGUAAAGCAAACAGGUGCACGUAGCUUACGAAUGGCAGUGCGUGAUAUGAUUCGUAGUGUCUUUCAGUGCGACAUGUCGGUAAUGGACGCUUACAUCCCCCAGCCAUGUAACGUCUCCAAACUCUUCAUGUGGAGCCACAGUCGUGCACUCUGCUCUCCACCCGCAUGUUUUCUCACAGCUCGUGACGAGAUCAGCAAUGAGCAAGAAUGCAAGAAGAACUGCGACACGCAGGGUUUGAAGCUCGCGGAGGCAGCGUGUCGGUCCUAUAGCCACGUGGUGUUAAAAGAGGUGCGCUUCUUUGAGCUGGAGUCACUGUUCCCACUACUGCGGGACCCCACUCUGAAUCUGCGCAUCAUUCAUCUAGUUCGUGACCCACGAGCUGUGCUUCGUUCCCGAGAGAAGUCUUUCAAAGCCCUGGUGCAAGAUAGCGCCAUAGUACUUGAACAGGCUAACCUUCCGGAAAAUGAACAGCCGUAUCAGGUCUUGCAGGAGAUUUGCCGCAGUCAUAUGCGCAUUUAUGAGACCGCCAUGAUAAAGCCACCCGAUUUCCUACGGGGACGCUACAAAAUGAUACGUUAUGAGGAUUUAGUGCGUAACACGCUGGCCGAGAUCGAAGCCAUGUACGAGUUUGUAGGGCUGGACAUGACCGAAACUUUGCAGGAGUGGAUCUACCGCAUCACUCAUGGAAGGGGCAAGGGAAAGAAAAGUGAUGCCUUCAAGAUUACCUCGCGAAAUGCAGAGGACGUCUCCUUGGCUUGGAGAACCACCUUAUCAUUUGAAAAAGUCCAGCACAUCCAGGAUGUUUGCAAAGAUGCCAUGACUCUGCUUGGAUAUAAAACAGUGGAUAGUGAGGAAGAGCAGAAGCUGCUGGAUGUAGACUUGGUGAAACCAAAUGAACAGAAUCACUUCAGCUGGCUACCUUCUAAAAGCACUACUGCUAAAGUAUAGAGACGUUCCAGUGAUCAAACGCAUAAAAGUGUGUCAUUUGUGCAUCAGUUUUGUUCUCCUUCGCUUCAUACAAAUGUGUCCUAGGGAACAGCAGAGAAUUUGGACAUUCCUCUGUUAAAGAGGACACUACAGCAAUGAAGCGCUGUUCUCUUCUUAACACAACAUUUAACACUGGAUGAUGUUUUUGAAGAAAUCCAAUAAUUAACUUUAAGUUUUAUUUAUCGACAAAGAAACUAUGGUGUUUUUUGUUUUUGUUUACAGAAAUAAUUUGCAUUUCAUUUUGAUGUUGUAGAUGAAGAUUGAAUCAGAACUAUAACAGGGCUGUGUGUUUCUUGUAUAAGUGUCACAUUAAAAUGCCAUUUAGCUA